AUGUUCGGUGGAUUAAGGAACAGCUUCUCUGGAUCAUUGUCAUCACAUGAGAUGACAUCCACCAGUUUCUUAUCCCAGAUGCAUGGAAUGGUUAGAUCCAUGACUAAUGGAAGAAUGUAUGACACUUUAGCAGCAGCAACGGACGUUCAUACAGAUGAGGACAGUUCUGAAGGUGGUGAUGUGCAUUCAAGCUUUGAAAGGGAAAAAGGAGCAAGGUUGGGUGACACAAUAAUAGCAUCAGUGAAGGAAGCACAUCCCAAUGGAAAAGAGAAGAAAGGAAAGGUAGUGCAUGGUGUGGUUGUGCGUGCAGCCAUGCAAAAGGGAAGAUGUGACGGUAGUGAGGUGAAGUUCGAUGACAAUGCUGUGGUGCUUGUGGACAAGCAAGGGCAACCCAUUGGAACUAGAGUUUUUGGGCCAGUGCCCCAUGAGCUCAGGCAGAAGAAGCAUGUCAAGAUUCUUACCUUGGCAGGACAUAUUGCUUGA